CAUUUACUGUCUGAACUGCGUUGCCCUUUAGAAAUUUCAUUUUUUCUCAUUAACCACAUUGAAUUAGUCAAUACCCAUCAGCUAGCCUUGGAUUUCUUUCAGUGGUUUAUCCAUUGUCAUCAACCACUGCCAUCUUCGUCAACCCUUUGUCUCCUUACCCAAUACCCUUGUAUUUCUUUUUUAAAUAUUAUUUUGGUGGCAUACCUAAUUUCCUUUUCAAAUGAAACUACAAUCUUAUAGAUUGUUUCCUUAGUUUUACUAUUAAUCCUCUCAUCCACAUUUUUUACCCAUAAAGCAGAGAAACUCAACAUCAAUGGGAUUUUCAAUACUGCUCCUCCUAUUUUAUUUGAUUAUCCCAUUAUUCCUUGCUAUUCAUGGUCUUGGAGCCGAUCCGUUCUUUCAACACAGUUGUAUCAGCACAGCAGGUAACUACUCUGCAAACAGCACUUACCAGGCCAACCUCAACACCAUCUUCUCUCAGCUCACCUCUCAGUCAGAUUUCAACUAUGGCUUCUAUAACCUGUCGGCUGGUCGAGACCCCAACCAAGUUAACGCUAUUGCACUUUGCAGGGGAGACAGAAACCAGGAAGAUUGCAACAGUUGCCUCAACGAAUCCAUAUCUGAGCUCAGCCAGCGAUGCCCGUUUAGCAAGGAGGUGGUGGGAUGGUCUGAAUUUUGUACCCUGCGUUACGCCCACCGUACCCUAUUCGGAGAUAUGGAAACCUCUCCUGGUUCUUGUCUAUUGAACACACAGAACGUAACGAAUGUUGAUGAGUUCAAUCAGGCAUUGGAUAACCUGUUGAAUAAUCUGAGCAGUCGAGCCGCCGCUGAGGGUCCUCUCCGCAAGUACGCGGCGGACAACACAACGGUCGGCGUGUUUCAAAGAGUAUACGCUCUAGUACAGUGCAGUCCCGAUUUGUCCGAGCAAGAAUGUGGUGAUUGUUUAAGUGUGGCUAAGGAAGGGAUUGGAAGUUGCUGCUUCGGAAAAAGGGGAUGCAGAAUUCUUAAACCAAGCUGUCUCUUGAGGUAUGAGUCUGGCCCAUUUUAUCAGACUCCACUUCCGCUACCGUCACCUCCGCCGUCUGUAGCUUCUCCUCCUCCUGCUUCUCCCUCUACUGAAGGAAAUGGCAAUAACACAACCCGCAUUAUUAUCAUUGUUGUUGCUUCAGUUGUUGGAAUUCCCAUACUAAUUGCUUCCUCCAUCUGCAUCAUUCGGAGGGCCAGAAAGACCCAACAAUUACUUAGAACUGAUGAUGAUGAGGUCAUUAGGGCCGACUCCUUGCAGUUCGACUUUGCCACUGUUCGGGCAGCAACUAAUAACUUUUCUGAUGCAAAUAAGCUUGGCCAAGGUGGAUUUGGAGCUGUUUACAAGGGUCAACUUCCAAAUGGAGAAGAGGUUGCUGUGAAAAGACUAGCCAGGGAUUCUGGACAAGGAGACCUGGAAUUCAAGAAUGAAGUCCUCUUAGUGGCGAAGCUUCAGCACCGCAAUUUAGUUAGGCUCCUUGGGUUCUGCUUGGAAGGGCAUGAAAGGCUUCUCAUUUAUGAGUUUGUGCCCAACACUAGCCUUGAUCAUUUCUUAUUUGAUCGAGUCAAGCGUGCACAGCUGGAUUGGGAAAGGCGCUACAAAAUCAUAGGAGGCGUUGCUCGCGGCAUCCUUUACCUUCAUGAAGAUUCUCGACUAAGGAUAGUUCACCGGGAUCUUAAAGCCAGCAAUGUUUUGUUAGAUGCAGAGAUGAUUCCAAAAAUUGCAGAUUUUGGGAUGGCAAGGUUGGUCGUACGGGACGAAACACAAGGCAAUACCAGCAGAAUUGUCGGGACCUAUGGAUAUAUGGCACCCGAAUAUGCUAUGCACGGCCAGUUCUCAGUAAAAUCAGAUGUUUACAGUUAUGGUGUGUUAGUUUUGGAAAUUGUAAGUGGUCAAAGAAACAACUGCUUUCGAAAUGGAGAAACCGUGGAGGACCUAAUAAGCUGUGCAUGGAAGAAUUGGAGACAAGGGACAGCAAUGAAUAUAGUUGAUCCAACAUUGAGAGAUGGUUCAAGAAAUGAAAUGAUGAGAUGCAUACACAUUGGAUUACUAUGUGUUCAAGAAAACGUAGGUGACAGACCAACUAUGGCUACAGUUAUUCUAAUGCUUAAUAGUUUCUCAGUCACACUCCCAAUGCCUUCCCAACCAGCAUUUUUUAUGCACACCAACAUCGAGUCAGACAUGUCAUCUUCGUUGGUGUCCGAAUCCUGCCAAUCUAGAAGUGAAGAACUCCCAUUGUCCCAGAAUGAAGCUUCAAUUACGGAUCCAUAUCCUCGAUAGUUUUUCGGAAUUAUAUUUGUCUUCCUGUGUACACCUGUCUUAAUUGUAAGAAAUUUAAAUUUACUAUUUCCCCCACCUUUUUGAACUUUCUGCGCAUAAAGUAUUAUUAUUAUUCUUUUGGUACAACAUAAACUAUUAUUAUUUUGUAAGAAACGGUAAAAAGAAAAAGAAACUCAUUUGGACUGCUUCUAUA